AUGGCUCCUCCGGCUGGCGGGAAGCGUAAACGCGGCGAUAGGUCAUGGUCUGGAGAUGCGGGAAACGAUGGCCCGCGACCGUCUCCUCAUCGUCCUGGAAAUCUCAACCUCGCCCAGCAGCAACAACAAUACCAGUUCCAUGGCCAAGGUCGGGAUUCGCAGGACAACCGUGGCAGAGGGGCCAGAAGAACGAGCAGAGGCAAUAAUCGGAACGGUACACCAGUGUCGAGAGGAAGUGACGCUCACAACUCUCAUCAGAAAGAAAGCUCUCCCUCAUCGAGAUCUGUCAUGCCAUCGCCUAGAGAACCCCAGGAACCAUCUCAGCCGAGUAGGACGCCAUCGACACCAAUAUCUAGUGCCAUAGCUAAGCCUCAAGCGACCUACUAUUCUUACGAUUACGUGACACAGGAGUGCAUUGAUAGCUGGAUGUCGACGGGGAAGAAAAAUAUCGUCUUAGCUGGGAUCAGCGCCCGGAAUAUGAAAGAUUCCGCAGUUAUCUCGUCUGUCUUCCAGGAAAUUAUCCAUUCAGUUUUUGAAGGCCGAAUAUCUGCAGUCGAUGGAGGGACGUGUGUGAACGAGAUUAUAGGCGAUGAUGGGACAACCGACAUGGGUGAACUGAGCGACCCAAUUAUUCCAAUUUUCGAUGCACGUUCUCUUUUCCUUGAUACCCUCUCUAUUUUAACAGACGCGGAUGCCUCACAUUCAAAUCUUCGUACUUUUGUAUUUUCGACAGGAAUCUCGGCUUCGUUGAUGCGACAACAGCUCGAAACCCCUUUACUACAGUCCCUGGGCCUAAUCCGCGACACCUUUGCUCGUAUGGGUAUUCGUAAACAGACGAAUCUACUUUAUCGACAGUCAAAUUAUAACUUACUACGAGAAGAGUCUGAAGGAUACUCUAAAUUGUUAACGGAACUGUUUACGACUAGCAACAAUGAGCCCCCGUCUGCCGAAGUUGUUGAGGAUACCUUUGAAAGAGUCAAAGCUAUGAUUGGAGCAUUUGACAUGGAUGUUGGAAGGGUACUUGACGUUACGCUAGAUGUAUUCGCUGCAGUGCUCGUGAAACAGUAUCGAUUCUUUGUUAAGUUCCUUCGAGUCAGCUCUUGGUGGCCGAAAGACGAAAAUAUCCUUCGCCGAUAUAGCGUAAUCUCGGAGCCGGGUUUACCGAAAUGGGCGCUACCUGGAUCUGCUGAUGUCUACACAGAGAAGACCGGGAAGAGGCUCUUCUCCAUAUCCGAACUCGGAAAUGUCGCCCCAGAUGAUGAAAAUGAGACUCGGAAGUGGAUCGAGCAAACGGGAACGCUCCCACCAAAAGGAAAUAGAGUUGCAGCGCAACUUCUGGGAUUCAAGUUACGGUUUUACUCGUCCAAUGCUCGAAAUGCCUUUGACAUCUUACCCGAUAAUCUCAUCUAUCUAGCUGCUUUGCUUAUCAAAGUUGGUUUUAUAUCUUUACGGGAUCUCUACCCUCACCUUUGGCGUCCCGAUGAGUCUAUGGAUUCGCUGAAAGAAGAGAAAAUGAAAGAAAAAGAGCAAAGAGAACUGGCCUCUAGGCCUGGUGCUGGCACAAUGAAUGCUUUGAUGAUGGCUGGUGCUCUGAGUGAUGACACCAUACCUGUACCGGCCCCCAGACCUCGAGAGGCCGAUACUCGCGCAGCAACACCUGCUAAGGAUCAGGAUCCGGAUAAGGCGGCUCAAUCGAAAGUCGAUGAGACCAAAGACACAUUACCCGAACCAGCUGACCAGAAAGUGCUUCUAUUGAAAAGCCUGCUUGCUAUUGGUGCCUUGCCGGAAUCUCUUUACAUCCUUGGUCGAUUUCCUUGGCUAUUAGAUGCGUAUCCGGAGCUCCCAGAAUACAUCCACCGUAUAAUACACUAUUCUCUGAGCAAACUCAGUGGUUUGUCGCGACCAAUGUCGUCAAGGAAUGACAUUAAGGAUCAAAAGAAGAUCGCCAGUUCGGAUCAAGCAAGCCUUCCAAAGGGACAUAUCCGUUUGGCUGAUGGACCCCCUCGACGUGUCCUUCGUUGGGCGUUGCUAGAUAGAGAAGAUACCAACGAUGGAACAGAUUAUCGAUUUUACUGGGACGAUUGGACUGAUAAUAUACCCAUUUGCCAGACAGUAGAUGAUGUAUUCGCCUUGUGUGAAUCAUUUUUGAAUCUUUCUGGUGUUAAAAUCGGACAGGAUCCAGGACUGUUGACAAAAUUAGCCAGGCUUGGGAAUGAAAGUUUACUUAGCGAUCCGUCGGACUCAAAUCGGACUCGAUGGCGAGAUCUUUGCAAACGUCUCCUGGUCCCUGCUUUGAGUUUGACGAGAGCGAAUCCGGGAGUUGUAAACGAAGUUUUUGCACUGUUAAGUCACUUCCCGCGAGAGGUGAGGUAUUCCAUUUAUGCUGAAUGGUAUUCUGGCCAAACUUCCCGACUUCCUGAUAUCAAAUCCGCGUUCGAUCAAGCGCGAGCGGAAACGAAGGACGCUCUUAAAAGAUUAAGCAAAACCAACAUCAAGCCGAUGGCUAGAACAUUGGCAAAAAUCGCGUACGCUAAUCCGGGAAUCGUUAUCAGCGUCGCGAUAAACCAGAUCGAAGCAUAUGAGAACUUGAUUGAAGUUGUGGUGGAAUGCGCAAGAUAUUUCACCUACUUAGGAUAUGACAUCCUUACCUGGUCACUAAUCAACUCUCUUGGGCAGAAGGGAAGGAGUCGGGUUCAAGAGGGAGGGCUUCUAACUAGCAAAUGGCUCAAUGCCCUUGCAUCCUUUGUCGGUAGGGUAUUCAAACGAUAUUCUACCAUCAUGGACCCUGUUCCUGUCCUUCAAUACGUUGGCGAACAGCUUCUAAAAAAUAACUCCACCGAUCUAGUUAUUCUAGAACAACUUAUAAGUUCGAUGGCAGGAAUCGUGACUGACACAAAUUUUAACGACUCUCAAAUUCAAGCUAUGGCCGGCGGCGAACUGCUACAGUCUCAGACCAUGUUACAACUUCUUGAUAAGCGCCACGAAUCAAAGAUGACCUCCCGGCGACUUAUGAAAUCUUUGGCAGAUUCAAAGCUUGCGGGACAGCUUCUUAUAACUGUUGCACAGGAACGGGCCACCUGUAUAUUCAAGGAAUCCGAGGCUGAUGAUGAAUUAAAACUACUUGGUAAUAUCUUUGACGAGAUCCAUCGACCUCUCUACUGA